CAUGGGAUUUUUAUACGGGGAUACUGUGAGAUCGUCUGCUUAUACAUUCACCUUAUCACCUCCGGCAUCGAAGUAUCACGCCUCUUCCGUACUUGGAGCAUACAAUAUUGGGCAAGUGAGACGAGAUCACCGUGUCCGUACUGUGUGUCCGUGUUCCCGCCAACAUCAUCAGACCUCAUGGACUCCGCUCUGCGCGUCGGCGCUGAGGCACAUCGACCCAUCCUUCACCAUUCUUCACUAUGUCUACUCCUCCAAGGACUGCUAUAAUCACAGGCGCGGCCCAAGGUGUCGGUAAAGCCAUUGCACUACGCCUAUCCACCGAUGGCUGCCAAGUCGUAGUCAGCGACUCGACGUCUCAGAAGCUCCUUCUUGAUGAGUUGGUCUCUAAAAUAACUCGAACUGGUCGCGCUGCGAUUUCAGUCACAGCUGAUGUAUCAGUUGAGAGCGACGUAGAGGAUCUUGUUGCUAAAACAGUGGCUCAUUUUGGAUCCAUUGAUAUAAUGGUUGCGAACGACGGUGCCAUUGCGCAAAGUGCACACACUAUUUUGGACACAUCUGUCGAGGAAUGGGGACGCGUCUUCGACCCUAAUGUCACAAACACACUGCUGUGCUACAAAACCGCUGCGAGGGCCAUGAUCAAGCAAAACCGAGGAGGCAGAAUAAUCGGCGUAUGCUCUUCAGGAGAGAAAUCAAGAUGCAACGCUCGGAGUACCAACAAUGCUAUCCGAGGCCUAACCCAGAUUGCUGCUUGUGAGUGGGAAAAGUACGGUAUCACAGUCAACGGAUACGCACCUGGUGCGAGUGAUGCACCUCUCGUUCAACAAAUGGAUGCUCGAGUCGCAGAUUUAUUACAUGCAGGUCCAGAAGCAUAUGUCGAGAUAAUGAAAACCCAAACGGCUUUUGGAAGAGUCAAUCGGCCUGAAGAGGUUGUUUGCGUUGUCUCGUUUUUAGCUUCAGAAGAGGCUGCCUUCAUGACAGACUCUUACAUUCAACAGUGGGCUUUGUUUAAUCUUGUUCGAAGGCCUUGUAGUAACUCCGGCACCAUCCAGCUCCGUUCCAAAUGCUAGCGAUAAUGAUUCGCUAACGGCUCGACUUUGUGCCCGAUAUCUUAAACUUUUUAGCCCAACCAACACGGGUGGUGCUUGCUUUCUGCGUCGGUUUGCAAAGAGGCCUGGACAGACCCUCGGCGGAUCAUCGCGGCAAUCUUAUACCAUUAUCUUAUAUUAAAUAUCUGCACUAACAAUCCGAGCGGUGAACACGAACCGCCAUGAGUAUGGUCAUCGUGACGUUUCAUCGAACUACUACAGUAAACCGGUAAUGGUCCUGGGGAAUUGUAGCUUGACUCAUCUUGAGGCCUGUAAAAUCCCAUCAUAGUGAGAUAAGCCACCGCAAAGGUUUGUACUGGUUCGUAGGAAAUUUUCCGGUGCAUACUGCGA